UUCAUUUCCUCCCCUCGCAGCUGGGCCGAUCGCAAUCAUGACUUGGAACCUCGGCCUCGCGCUGCUUUGCACAGGGCUCUGGGGUGUCCCCUCCUGCUGCGCUCGUCAGAAUCACUUUGUGAGCCUGGAGAAGAGCUGGACCGAAGCCCAGAGUUACUGCAGGGAGAACUACACUGAUCUGGCUGUGAUCGAGAGCCCAGAGGACAACGAGCAGCUCCUGCAGACUGCGGUGAUGAACCUUUUGCCAAAUUUCGGCUGGAUUGGACUGUACCGGGACAAGUGGAGCUGGCAGUGGUCCAUGGGGAACAUCAGUCUUUACGGUCCGGCUGGGACUAAUUUCACCAACUGGGCUUCAACAGAACCAGACAACGCCGGAGGGAAAGAAAAUUGUGGGACCAUGUCGUCUACCGGUUUCUGGGCUGACAGCCCCUGCAGUACUGCCCGUUUCUUCAUUUGCUAUCAAGGACCGGCGACCACGGUAGAGCUGGCUUCCUCCAUAGCGCCCCCCCCCCUUGAGGACGCACGCGCGUGA